AGAUCAGAGAAGAAUACAUACUACUCCCUCUGAUUCUAAAUUCUUGACUCAAAUUUGUCCAAAUAUGAAUGUAUCUAUUCUUAAAACGCGUUUAGAUACAUGUAAUAUUUCGACAACAAUUUAGGACCGGAAGGUAUCACCUACUAGAGAUAAUAUUUAGUUACACCAUCUUCCACAUUGACACAUGUGUUAGUCGUACCUUCUCCGAAACUUCUUGCUGAUGACUAAACAGAAGCAGAAGAAAGCAGAGCUGCUUAUACGGAGUAUUAUAGUUAGAUCGUAGAGGGGGAGGGACAGAGAAGCAGAAGCAGAGUUACUUAAGUUACAGCUUCCGUUCUAAGAGGGGAGAAAGAGAGAGGCCAGAAGCAAAGCUGCUUAAUUACAGCUACAUAUCGAAGAAGGCAGAGAGAGAGAGAUGGGCGGCGGCGUGAAGGUGUACGGGGUGGCGGCGUCUCCGUUCGUGGCGACGGUGCUGCUGUGCCUGGAGGAGGCCGGCGUCGAGGACUACGAGCUCGUCGGCGUCGACAUGGCGGCGCGCGAGCAGAGGACCCAGCCUUACCUCUCCCGAAACCCUUUCGGUAAGAUCCCCACGUUUGUGGACGGAGAACUCACGCUCUUCGAAUCCCGGGCGAUCUCGCGGUACGUGCUCCGCAAGUACGGGCGCACCAGCGCCUCCUCCCCCACCACCGCCGCCGGGGAAGAAGACCUCCUCCGAGAACCAUCAACCCUCGAGGAAUCGGCCGUGGCGGACGUCUGGACGGAAGUCGAGGCGCACCGCUACACGCCGGCCAUCUCCCACAUCGUCCGGGAGUGCGCCAUCAAGCGGCUGAUCCCCGGCGGCGGCGAGAGAGACCAGGCCGUCGUCGACGAGAACGUCGCCAAGCUCGGCGAGGUGCUCGACGUGUACGAGCAGCGGCUGUCGAGGUCGCCCUACCUCGCGGGGGAUUCCGUCGGCCUCGCCGACCUCGCCCACUUCGGGUUCACAUACUGCCUCGUGGAGUGCACGGAGUACGGGGCGCUGGUGGAGUCGCGCCCGGGAGUGAGGGCGUGGUGGGGGAGGAUCUCGGCCAGGCCGGCGGCGAAGAAGGUGGCGGCGAUGAUGAACCUCGUGCUGAACCCGUUGAAGAUGCCGUCUGCUUAAUUAAGAGUUCAGUUUAAUUUCGGUUUGCAUGUUCUGACACGCCCGUGACAGACAUAGUGUACACACGUGGUGUGGAUUACAAAUGUGUUUGUGAAAUUAAAAUGUGCGGUGGUUGGAAAAAUAUAAGAGUGGAAUAUUAUUGAAA